AGGCGACACCCAUGUGGCUAGUCCAUCUCCAAACCACGUCUCCGUAAAUAACAGAGUUUUAUUGCAAAUUGGCAGUUCCAUUCCACCUACGCGCCGCAUCGUCCCUCGGAAUUUCUAUCGAUCCGAUCUACAUCAAUUCGGAUCGCAGUGCUUAAUUCCUAUUUGAGUGUUGUAUGAAUUGGUGGCGACACAGCGGACAGUUGCUCAAACGGUUUCAAUUCCAAAUCCGGACGAAACGCCGGAGCCCCAUUAAUCAAUUAGCCGGCGAACGGACAAUCGCACACUGUUUCUCGUGGAAAAUGACGGAUCAGGUCAAGUAUUUGGAUACGCCGGACAAGUCCGAGACAGACAAGAAGCUGUACAAGACGCUGCUUUUGGGUAAUGGCUUGCAUGCCCUCCUCGUCUCCGAUCCCACUCCAAUACCAGUAGAUGGGUACGAGUCCUCAUCAGAGAAGUCAUCGAGCAGUGGUUCCGAGACCACAAGCAGCGAUACCAGCUCCUCAGAUGGUUGCGGCAGUAGUGAAUCGGAAUGUGAGGAGGGCGAUGAAAAGCUAGCCGCUUGCGCCUUGAUGAUCGACUACGGAUCUUUUGCUGAGCCCUCAAAGUACCAAGGAUUGGCGCAUUUUCUUGAGCACAUGAUAUUCAUGGGCUCUGAGAAAUACCCAACGGAGAAUAUUUUUGAUGCGCACAUUAAGAAAUGCGGUGGCUUUAGCAAUGCCAACACAGAUUGCGAGGAGACGCUGUUUUAUUUCGAGGUUGCUGAGAAGCAUUUGGAUUCCAGCUUGGACUAUUUUACGGCGCUGAUGAAGGCUCCGCUGAUGAUGCAGGAGGCCAUGCAGCGCGAACGCAUGGCCGUCGAUUCGGAAUUCCAACAGAUUUUGCAAGACGACGAGUCGAGGCGGGAUCAGCUGCUUGCUAGCUUGGCCACUAAAGGUUUCCCCCACGGCACCUUUGCCUGGGGCAAUAUGAAAUCCCUAAAAGAUAACGUGGACGAUGCGGAGCUGCAUAAGGUUCUGCACGAGAUACGAAAGGAACACUAUGGCGCCAAUCGUAUGUACGUUUGUCUGCAGGCUCGUUUGCCCAUGGAUGAGCUGGAAUCAUUGGUGGUGCGUCAUUUUUCGGAAAUUCCCCACAAUGAUGUAAAGGCUCCCGAUUUGUGCAAGUUCAAUUAUAGGAAUGCCUUUAAGCCUGAAUUCCAUGAGCAGGUCUUCUUCGUAAAGCCUGUAGAGAACGAGUGUAAGCUGGAACUAACUUGGGUGCUACCUAAUGUGCGUCAAUAUUACCGCAGUAAGCCCGAUCAAUUUCUAUCAUAUCUGCUGGGCUACGAAGGGCGUGGCAGCUUAUGUGCCUACUUGAGACGCCGCUUGUGGGCUCUGCAUCUAAUUGCCGGCAUCGAAGAGAACGGUUUCGACAUGAACUCUAUUUAUUCUCUGUUCAACGUAUGCAUUUAUCUCACGGAUGAGGGUUUCAAAAAUCUGGACGAAGUGCUGGCCGCCACCUUUGCCUACGUUAAGCUCUUCUGCAACUGUGGAUCCAUGAAGGAAGUUUACGAGGAGCAACAGCGUAUCGAAGAAACAGGAUUCCGGUUCCAAGCUCAGCGACCUGCCUUCGAUAAUGUCCAGGAACUAGUCUUGAACUCAAAGCAUUUCCCACCCAAGGAUAUUCUUACAGGCAAGGAGCUCUACUACGAAUACAAUGAAGAGCAUCUCAAUGAUCUAAUUAGCCACCUUAACGAGCCAAAGUUCAACCUGAUGGUAACCUCGCGAAACAAGUACGAGGGCGUUUCCGCCUACGAUCAGACCGAAGAGUGGUUUGGCACCGAGUAUGCCACCAUCCCGAUGCCUGAAAAGUGGCGCAAGCUUUGGGACGAAUCGAAGUCCCUACCAGAAUUGUUCUUGCCCGAGCCAAAUAAAUUUGUGACUGAUGACUUCACAUUGUUGUGGCACUCGAUUGGAAAGCCUGAACUACCCGCUGCCCCGAAGAAGCUUCUUAAGACGGACACUUGCGAGUUGUGGUUCCGCCAGGAUGAUAAGUUUGAGUUACCCGAAGCCCAUAUGUCUAUAUACUUUAUUUCGCCGCUUCAGCGACAAAGUGCCAAGAAUGAUGCCAUGUGCGCACUUUACGAGGAACUAGUAAAGUUCCAUGUGUGCGAGGAACUUUAUCCAGCCAUUAGUGCUGGUCUUUCUUACACACUCAACACCGUCGAAAAGGGUUUGCUCCUCAAAGUGAGCGGCUAUAAUGAGAAACUUCAUCUUAUCGUUGAAGCCAUUGCCGAGGGAAUGCUCCAUGUGGCAGACACACUCGACGAAAAGAUGCUGGCUGCCUUCCGGAAAAAUCAACGUAAGAACUUGUUCAACGCGUUGAUCAAACCAAGGACACUCAACAGGGACAUUCGUUUGUGUGUGCUAGAGCAAAUCCGUUGGCUUAUGAUCGACAAGUACAAGUGCCUCAACGAUAUUAGCUUGGAGGAUCUUCGCGAGUUUGCUCGCCAGUUUCCGAAGGAAUUGUACAUCCAGUCUCUUAUUCAAGGCAACUAUACCGAGGAGUCUGCUCACAAUGUACUGAAUUCGGUGCUGAGUCGCCUCAAUUGCCAGGCUAUCAAAGAACAGCGUUAUGUAGAGGAUAGAACUAUUCAAUUGCCAUUGGGAACCAAUGUGAUUCGUUGCCAUGCUCUCAACGAGCAGGAUACCAAUACGGUGAUCACAAACUUCUAUCAAAUCGGGCCCAAUACACUUCGUGUGGAGAGCAUUCUUGAUCUGUUGAUGAUGUUUGUGGACGAACCUUUGUUUGAUCAACUGAGAACCAAGGAGCAGCUUGGCUACCAUGUGGGUGCCACCGUACGAGUUAACUACGGAAUUGCUGGUUAUUCGAUUAUGGUCAAUUCGCAAGAGACAAAAGCUUCGGCACACUAUGUUGAGGGCCGCAUCGAGGCGUUCCGUGUCCAAAUGCUGCAAAUUCUACGCAAUCUUGAACGGGAUGAGUACGAGCACACCCGUGACUCGUUGAUUAAGCUAAAGUUGGUGGCAGAUAUUUCACUGAGCUCAGAAAUGGAUCGCAAUUGGGACGAGAUAAUUAACGAGGAUUAUCUAUUCGAUCGCCGACGUCGUCAAAUUGAAAUUUUACGCACGCUUGAGAAAUCAGAGAUCAUUGAUUUCCUUUUGGACAUUGAUACCAAUAACAUGAGGAAGCUUUCCGUACAGGUGAUUGGACAUCGUCGACCUGAUAUGCCAGAGCCUGUGCAUGGAACGUACAUCAAUUGCUCUGACUUGAAGAAAGGUGAAGAUGCUAACGAAGAUGACGAAGACGAGACUGAAACUGAAAAGAGUACAUCCGAUGAUGAAGAAGAGGACGAUGAGGAUUUGUUUGCGGCUCUGGAAAACAAGCUAAAUGUUGUCUUUUUACCCCAAAUGGACCAACAAAAUACCAUAAAGGAUAUUAAUGAGUUUAAAAAGAGUCUGGUAGUUUAUCCCAAGCGGAAAGACCAAACGGAGGCGGAGGAGGACUUGUCACGCGCUGCACGCAUCGAGGAUGCUUUGGGAAAGGCGUGAGAUUGUCAAGCAUGAAACCACCCACCAGCUAUCUCUCAUAUACCUCCCAUUACACACUUUGUUUAAUUAGCCAAAGGUAGAAGAUUAAUUUCACAGAAUGCAAGCUCUUUUUACACACCAACCAACCUGACCAAGUCAGCAAUUUGCUCUCAUGUUGUAAGGACGCGCCUCCGUUAAUACGAGUAUAAUAAUUUUUACACACAAAAUACAGCAGUGCUAAUGACAAAUGCAUUUUGGAGUUCUCCAAACACCAUAGAUAUUCGAUUGCACAGUCUUCGUACUGAUUUAAUACAUAAAUAAAAAUCAAAAUUCAAAGUAAA